GUCAUACUGUCAGUUUUCUUCUGGCACCUUUCCAACGCCUGUAGAGUAACUGAGGGAACUGCCCAGUGUGGAUAAGGCAGGCGGAGCAGAUCCUGGAUGCGGCUCCCGGGCUCAGCGUGCCUCUCAGCUGGAAGAACUGCUCCCUUCUGCUCUCAGCACAGCAGCGAACAUUGAACAAGGUUUUCUUCAUCGCAUCAUUGGUCCAUUCUGAUUUAGAGGACUGCCAGAUUAAGAGAGUUUAUGAAAGGUGCCAACACCGUUUUCUCUGACCUCCGCAAUCCUUUGGCAGCCCAGGAAGGCAACAUGAUUUAAUCUGCAGACCAUCUCUCUAAUGGAUCCCCGGCAGCGCCUGUGCUGCCGCCUGCACGGCUGGCUGGCUCAGCGUCUCCUGAGCGGCAAUCUGCAGCAUCCACCCGCUGGCACCUUCUCCUGGCGGAAGCUCAACCGUUUGAAGAGCAGGAGAGGAGAAAAUAAAGUCCCACUCAGGAUGUUUGCACAUGCUAUUCUCCGUCUCCUCGGCUGGGGGCUGUGCUGACAGGCUGGGACAUCAACAGAGAGCGGCGGCUGAAGUUCCUCCCGCGGCAGGGGGGGCGAAUGCCCGCAGCGCGCCGGGGCAGGCCAGCGCCAGCGUCGUGCCACCCGGAGGGUACACAGGCAGACCCGACUGAAAUAUUUCAAGCCUAAUGGCCUCCGGCAUAAGCAAGAUUCAUCAGCUCGGGACUUGCAAUGGAUCUAAAGCCGCUCGCUGCAGCUCGGCAGAGGAACGCAGUCAGGAAAUGCACGUGAAAAUGUGCAAGAAGAUCGCCCAGCUCACUAAGGUGAUAUAUGCCCUGAACACUAAGAAAGAUGAACAUGAGGCUAGUAUACAGGCUCUGAGAGAGGCUCAUGAAGAAGAAAUUCAGCACAUUCUUGCUGAGACAAGGGAAACAAUUCUCCAGUGUAAAAGCAAAGCUGAAGAAGAACAAGUGCUGAGGAAACGUAUUCAGGCCCUUGAAAUUACAGUAGAACACCACAGGAGGCUAAAGGAAGAAGCCUUGGCAGAGUUAAUAUUGUGCAAGAAACAGGUGGAAGAGAGGGAGCCCAAAACAGAAGCAAAACAAGCACAGACAGUCCUUUCUACAAACAUGGUAGAUACAAAUGCAGACUUUGAAAACAAGCUUCUACAUUUAAAUCAGCAGUCUGAUGGACUGCUAAAUGAAUGCAAAGCAUCUAGAAGAACAAAUUUAGAUAAAAAAGUAAUUUUAGAGAAAAAAUACGAUGUGGAAGGACAAGCUCUAAUAAAUGAAAUGAAAAACCUGAAGAGAGAGAACCAGAGAGCAACUGAAGAAUAUGCUCAGAAAACAAGCAAACUGCAGGCUUCUUAUGAGAGAGAAAAAGAGGGUUUAAAAAAUGAUAUGCAGCAAUCUGGGAAAGAAACAAAGAAUUGUCAGCAAAGAGAAAUGGAGCAAAGGAAAAGCUCAGAGGCUGAGGAAGGUUUUUUUCUGCAGCAGGUAAAGAAGCUGGAGGCAGACCUGGAGGAGAAAAGCCAGAAGAUAAAUGAGAGGAAGAAGCAUUCCCAGAAGCUGAAGGAGAGAAUUCAGGAGCUUCAGACACAGCUAGAGGAAUUUAAAAGAAAAUCUGAGUGUGAACUAAAGCAACUAGAGAAAGAGAAAGAAGUCCUAACUGGGAAACUUCAAAACUCUUCAUUUGAGGUGGCUCAGCUGAAGCAAAUAUUAGAUCAACAAGCAAAUAAUUUCAAGGAGUCACUGAAGAAACAUAAUCUACAGUCCAACAAAGAAAAAGAGAAGCUUUUGCAGGAUCUUCAAAACACUAUUAAAGAAAACCAGAAUGAUAAACUGCAGCUGGAGGCAUCACAUCAGAAAGUCUUAAAAAUGUUGGAGAAAAGCAAAAAUCAGGAACUCAAGGAGGCAGAAGAACGUUUGAAAAAGGAAUUUAAUGAGACUUUCAAGAUCCAACAUCAGUCUCAUAGGCUGGAAAUACAAACCUUGGAAGAGAAAGCGAAGAAAGAAUUACAUGAUGAACUCGAGCAGAUACAGAAGCAGCAAACCCUGUUGCUAGGAUCUCUAAGGAUGGAACUCUCAGAUCAACAGACACUGUGCACUAAUCUCAAGAAACAAAUAGAAGAACUCCAAAUGGAGCUGAGGAGUGUGAGGACACUGAAGAAGCAACAGGAAGGAAGUAGCCAGAGCCAGAUCAGAUCUCUUCAUGAUGAACUGGAAAAAUGCCAGAGUGAAAUUUCCAAACUCAAGAAGGAGAAUUUACUUUUGAAGGACACAAUGGAGCUACUCAGUGCUGAGUUGGAGUCACAGAAGCAAGAAGGUUCACAGCUUCAGGACAGGGAGAAACAGCACAGAAGACUUAAAGAAUUAGAAGAAAAGUCAAGAAAAUGGGAGGCCAGAUCAAAAGAUACACACCUUAUAAGCUGUCUGCAAGACAAAUUAAGUGAGAGAGAGGAGAUUAUCAAGCAGCUGAUGGUAAGAUUUCAUUUUAUAUGUAUACAUAUUUGUAUUUUAAAGGGAAACAUACAGGGAGACUGCAGGUAGCUUAGCAGCUACUUAUCUUUUAAAUCAAUUCUAAGUGAAGUCGUAUUUGCUACUAUAAGCAAACUGAAAUUAAAAAAGCAUCCUGGCUGCUGAAAAAUCAGACACUAUAAAAUAGGAUUGAUUAUAAAAGCCAGUUAAUAUUCAGAUAAAUCAGUUCCAAAUGAAACUUUUACCAAACAUUUUCAAUGCAUAAAUCAUAUUUCAUAUUUUUAAGUGAACUGCAGCUGCCAUUUUCUCAUUUUCAAGACUUCAUAUUCUUGAAGCACCAAGAACUAUGUUCAAACAUUUCUCCACAGCCGUUUAGCUCUCCUUCACAUCUUCCUUUGUGUUACUACCAGUGCUGUUAGCCCAGUUACCUGGCUAGCACAGAUUCCACUAGAAAUUGUAGCUGGCACCUCUUGGCCUCAUCCAGUUCAUGUGAGCACAGAUGAGUUCAUAGCAUCAUGAGGAAAAAAGUAUUAAAUAAUGGUAAGAUUGUAAGUAAGUGAUGCUAAUGCUUAUUUGUUUGCACAGGACACAUGGCAAUGAAUCACCACAAACCAAAGAUGACCAAAAUCAAGACCCUCAGCACCAAGAAUGGUUUACAAAGUAUUUCUCAUUUUAAAGCAAAGUAUUUCCAUACCUGUCAGAUUUACUAAAAACCUGUUCUUGUCUUCUUUUAGGGAAUGAUAAUCCAAUAUAUGAUGGGGGAGGGGGAGUAAUUCCCAAAUAAAUAAUUAGUAACUACUGCAUUCUCUUACAUCUAGUAACUAAGGAGUUACAGGCAUGGAUUUCAGAAAAACGCAUUUUUUUUAACCUCUGUAAAAAAUCAAGUAAAAGCAAAAUUCUGGAUACUUAUGUGAAAAGACUUUUUAAUCAAGAGGCUUUACCACUCCACAAUUACAUUAAAUAUGCAAUUUGGUCUCCGAUACUUCCUGUCCAUCUGGCUCCAGCUGCAAAAAAAGAUGGUAUUUCUGUAGAUUUCUGUAGGUUUACAUAUUUGCUUAAUCAGCUGUUUAAAAUAAUUUCUGUAUAUAAUAGUGCAAUUUUUUAAUUUUUUAACAAGUUUUUGUUAAACUUAUUUUAAGCUCUACACCAUGCAGUAUACCUCCAAUAGUAGCAUGUUUAUAGCAGGCUGGUUUAGAAAUACUUCUGGUUUGCUUAAUAAACUGGUUUGUAUAGUCAGCAUUGAAAUACAGUAUUCCUGUUGCACUUCAGUACAUGUAUCAGCCUGGUAAAUUAGGAUAAUAUGUAAGUAUGAACAUUAAAACUUGCUUGUAAAUCAUCCAUUUCUAUGUUUUGCCAAGUAGCGCUAUGUUAUGCUGAAGUGCAAGUCAGAGUGAUACAGUUCCAGAUCUAUGGGAACUGUGUACUUGUGCAUUUUAUCUCAACAUUGUUCUUAAUGCCCACCUACAUGCAAAGCGGGGGAAUGACUCCAUUUAUCAGAUCAUGCUAGCUAACUCAUUACUGGGAGGGAAAGACAGUCAGAAAGAAAUUAACACUUAGGUAAUUCAUCAACAAAUGUGAAAGGUGGAGAAUUGCGCAACCAGCAGCUGUGUUUAAGACAGGCUAGUUCAUCUUUCAACUGCUGUACGAGUUGAAUUCCCAUUUAAUUUCAACUAGCAGGGCCCAGCUACAUUAACAACUUUUACCUGACCCCUUCUUGUAUCAAACAGCCAGCAAGAACUGUACCAGCAAAUGCCAGCACUUACUACAAAACAGCCCCUGCAUCUCACCGGUGGUGAAAAGGUGGCAGAAGGGUCAGAAUGCUUCUACAGGCCAGUGCUUUAAACCCAGCUGUCUAGGUUUUUUUUCCAAGAUGAACUGCUUGGUUUGGAAGGAGACUUUAGCAUCAAAUUUGGCAAGAAGACACUUUUUACACAUAUAAUCAAGGGGAUAAAAUGGUGUACAGUAAGUUACACUGAGGAGUGCCUUGGUAUCUGAGAGGAUCAGAAAUGUAUAGGGCUUUUUCAUUAGUUUUCACCCACUCUGCCCCUAGAACUUUAAAAGCACACCACAAAGUUCAGUACACAACUGCUAAUUCAAGAUUCCAGGGUUACAAUAUUCUAAUUAUUAAUUUCUAGGGACUGGGUCUGUAGAAAGUGGCUUUCCUGCCUAUAUGGAUGAAUUAAGCUUGUUGCCUAGUAAUAGAGAAACAGGGCUCCUUUGCUGUUUCUACCACCAAAAUCUUUUUUUGUCUACGCUUACAUUACUGAAUAAUGCACCCCAAUAGAAGCUGAUGACCCAACAUCUACAAUGAGUGCUCUUUAUUUUGGACCAUCUCUACACAAACCUGACACAAAGAACACCAGUAACAUGGGACCUGCACUAUGUAUGCCCCAAUGGGCAUAGUGCAUUUUUUAAUUUCAUUUCAUCUUAUUAGAAUCAAAUUUGUGUAUGCUGAGACCCACCUUCAUGAGGUGAGCAAAAAUCCAGCAGAGAUGGACAAUUCCCUUCAAAAAAAGUACACUCUUGAUCUGACCUAGAUAGAGACAAUUCUAAGAGUGCUUCUACAGUGGUACUUAAGGAUAAUAGGAUAAUGACUGGAUCAUAAAACAUUUAAAUCUUCCAGCAAAACCAAACAGCAAUCAUUGCAAAUCUUUUCAUCGUACCAGCAAAGAUAUAGUUAGGGGAGAGCUAGGGUCCCCCUUUCUAGAAGGAACAGGAUGCAUUCUGGAAAACACUUCUACCAGAAAGCAUCAUGAGUAGCAGCUCUGCAUAUUUCCCACUGAAAUAUAAAAUCAAUCCAUAUUUGGAAA